AUGCUUUCCAAAUUUGCGCAAGCCACCCGCUUGGGUGUCAGGGCCGCACGCUUCGUGCCCGUUACCACUGCACGCCCCGCUUCUGCCAUCGCCGUCUCCCCUUGGAUUCGCACAUACUCCAAGGGCUCCAACAAGGGCUCGGAUGCUCCUUCGCCCAAACAGGAUGCGCCCCAGUCCAAGGCUCCGGAGGAGCCGUCGUCGAGUGAACCCGCGUCCGACUCGUCGAAGUCAGCUGCCGAUGGGCCCAAGGAGUCAGAGCCCAUAGCCUUCGAUAAGCUUCCCGACCUGACUCAGGGUAUCCCGUCCACCCUCGAGGCCGAAAUGGAGGAGAUCCAGGGCAGGGGUAAGCCCGGCUCGGCCCUACAGACCGUCGCACAGGAGAAGUACGAGCGUCGUGGCCGCGGAGGCAGCGACCCGUACGUGUCAACAAGCGAGCGCAACCGCCGCUGGUGGACCCGCGUCAUGCUUGUAAUGGCGGGGGGUGGCUCCGUCAUGGGACUCGCCUACCUUGGUCGCAACUGGGACGACGACGCCGAGACCAAGCGUCAUCCCGACAUCCCCAACGGCUUGUCCCCUUCGCUCUGGUGGCAGCGUGUCAGGGCUCGCACUAGUGAGUCUGUCUCAUACUACCAGGACCCGGCCUUCGACAAGCUGCUGCCCGACCCGGAUCCCAGCUUCGAGAGACCCUACACCCUCGUUGUGAGCCUCGAGGAUCUACUUGUCCACAGCGAGUGGAGUCGCCAGCAUGGAUGGAGGUUGGCCAAGCGCCCUGGCGUCGACUACUUUAUCCGCUACCUCGGCCAGUACUACGAGCUGGUUGUCUGGUCAUCAACUCCUUUUGCUCUUGCCGAGGGAAUUGUGCGCAAGCUGGAUCCCUUCCGCUUCAUCAUGUGGCCCCUCUUCCGCGAGGCCACCAAGUUUGAGGAUGGCGAAAUCGUCAAAGAUAUUUCGUAUCUCAACCGCGACCCGUCUAAGGUUAUUGUGCUAGAUACAAACGCCAUACACGCACGCAAGAACCCCGAGAACGCCAUUAUUCUGGACCCCUGGAACGGUGAAGCUGGUGACAAGGAGCUCGUGAGCCUGAUCCCCUUCCUCGAGUACAUCCACACCAUGCAAUAUUCGGACGUGCGCAAGGUCAUCAAGUCGUUUGAUGGCAAGCACAUCCCCACUGAGUUUGCCCGCCGUGAGGCCAUUGCCCGUCAAGAGUUCAAUGCCCGCAUCAAGGCAGAGAAGGCCAAGCACUCCAAGCCGUCUGGCAUGGGCGCUCUUGGCAGCAUGCUCGGGCUCGGCCCUAGCAACCUGAGCAUGACUGUGGCGCCCGAUGGUGAGCAGAACCCCAACGAGGCGUUCGCCCAGGGCAAGAUGCUCCAGGAUAUUGCCCGCGAGCGUGGCCAACGUAACUACGAGCUCAUGGAGAAGGAGAUUCGUGAGAACGGCCACAAAUGGCUCGAAGAGGAAAAGAUGAUGAACGAGAAACUGCAAAAGGAGGCCAUGGAGAACAUGUUUGGCUCCUUUGGUGGUUGGUUCGCUCCCAAGAGUGGGGAGAAGAAGAACUAA